AGCAGCGCUGCCUUCUGGUUCUGUUCUACGCCUCUUGUCCAAGAAACAGGGGAGAGGGAAGAAAGGCUUGAUCUUGACUUCUUGACCGGCGGCCACCAUGGCGGCGGCGGCGGGGCAGCGGGUGGUGGUGAUGCGGCACGGCGACCGGCUGGACCACGCGGAGCCCAUGUGGCCGGCCAACAAGCCGCGGCCGUGGGACCCGCCGCUGACGGACGCGGGGGUCCUCCGGGCCUGGACCGUCGGCAAGCGCAUCCGGGCGCAGGCCGCCGCCGACGGCUACGCGCUCCACCGCGUCCUCGUCUCCCCCUUCCACCGCUGCCUCCAGACCGCCGCCCAGGCCGUCGCCGCGCUCUGCGCCGUCCCCGACGACGCCGCCCUCGCCGCCGUCCUCGACUCCAGCGCCAAUGUGCCCCUCGACACCUCCCGCGUCAAGGUGUCGAUCGAGUAUGGACUGUCCGAGAUGAUGAAUGUUGAAGCGAUGGGCGCUCUUGUUAGCCAGGUCGCGCCCAACGUCGACAAGUGGUUCCCCGACCUGGAAGAACUCGAAGCCAUCUUACCAUCUGGCAGCAUCGACCAUUCUACAGAGCCGCUCUUCCCGGAGGUACCCAAGUGGGGAGAGUCUGUGAAGGGGGCCAGAAUCAGAUAUGCCAGUGUCAUCAAGGCUCUUGCCGACAAAUACCCUGAUGAGAACUUACUCUUAGUGACACACGGCGAGGGCGUGGGUUCGUCGGUGGCGUGCUUCGGGGCGACGGGCAUGGAGGUCUACGAGGUGGAGUACUGCGCGUACACUGUGCUCGAGAAGCAGCUUCUUCAUCCCGGCGGUGAGAGCGACGGUGAGAGCAUGCUCAAGGUGGUGGAGAAUCGAAGCGGCCCGACCACGGGCAUACACUUCCUUGUCACCUGAUAAACACAAUGGAGCAGCAUGAUGCCAUCGCCAUCACCAUCCCACUCCUCGAGCACUGGACGGUCACUGGGAGCUUGAUUGGUUUAGUUUGGCAAAUCCGUAUUUGUUUCCACGAGAUUCGUCGUUUGGGUAUGUCAUCUUUAGAAAACUGUGGUUGGUUCGUCCCGCGGAUUUUGCUUGUACAAUCUUGGUAAUAAUUUGCUAAACUGUUUUUUCUUUUAAGACAACUUUGCCUGUUCAUAUCGAUUGGAUCGGGACGAUGGCUGCCACUGAUCCUUGCUGUCAGCGUUGGCAUCAACCGGAUCGGUUCUUGCGCGCAAUGCGAUGUAAUCGGAUUUUGCAUUCAUGCUUGAGAAGCAUCUAUCUCUCUA